CGACAUCUGGCCGUCCCAUUGUGGUUGCUUCGAUAGUACUCAUCAAUGGCUUCUGAGGCGGUGACCCGUCGUAGCGCGAACUACCACCCCACCGUUUGGGAUCACACCUCCAUCCAAUCGAUCUCCAGUGCCUUCUCAGAGGAGCAACAUGGAGAUAGAAGAGAGCAACUGAAGAGUGAGGUCAAGUCGUUGCUUGAACCAACGGAAACCCAAGAUCCCUCAGGACUAUUGAAGAACAUUGACUCGAUACGACGCCUUGGUGUUGGAUACCACUUUGAGAAGGAAAUCAAAGCAGCGCUGCAGCAUCUGUGUGAUGUUCAUGGCAAUCAGACGCAGAAAGAUCUGCACGAAACUGCUCUGAGAUUUCGACUGCUGAGGCAGUAUGGCUUCAAUGUUUCCUCAGAUAUAUUUAACAGCUUCAAAGACAAGGAAGGCAAUUUUAAGUUGAGCUUAGCGGCGGAUGUAAAAGGGUUGCUCAGUCUGUAUGAAGCUUCAUACCUGGGUUUUGAUGGGGAGGAUAACUUGGAUGAGGCGAAGUCCUUCUCAGCUCUGCAUCUCAAGGCAGCUGUUGGCGGGAAGGACAUCAGUAUUGACGAGGGGCUGAAAAGGGAAGUAGAGCGUGCCCUGGAUCUUCCUCUGCACUGGAGAGCAGAAAGACUCGAGGUCAGGUCCAGCAUAGACGCAUACGAGGAGGAGGAAGAGAAGAACCUUGCUCUGCUUGAGCUUGCAAAACUGGAUUUCAACAUUCUGCAGACAAUCUACCACAAAGAGCUCAAAGAGCUAGCAAGGUGGUGGAGAGAACUGGAGCUUGAUGAGAAGCUGAGCUUUGCAAGGGACAGGUUAGCGGAGAGCUACCUGUGGGGAGUGACGACCUGCCCCGAGCCGCAGCACUCAGACUCCCGCAAAGUACUGGGCAAGCUUGUCGCUCUGCUCUCUGUUCUUGAUGACGUCUAUGAUCUAUAUGCAUCCAUUGAUGAAGUCGAGCUCCUCACAAAGGCAUCUGAAAGGUGGGACUUAAAGGUAUUGGGGGAACUCCCACAUUUCAUGAAACUAUGCUACUUAGCUGUCUUCAAUUUCAUCAAUGAAAUUGCCUACUUGGCCUUGAAGAAGCAUGGGUUGGAUGCCACAGAAAUUCUGAAAGAUGAGUGGAUAGUGAUGUGCAAAUCAAAAUUGGUGGAAGCAAAGUGGUAUCACGAGGGACACAAGCCAACGCUUGAAGAGCACAUGAACAACGCAUGGGCAUCGCUUGGGUUAGUCCCCGCCUUGCUGAUGACAUAUUUGGCGUUGGACAUACAACUGACGAAGGAAAUAAUCAACAUGAUGAGGCAGAAGAGUAGGAUUAUCUAUUGGGCAUCAGUCAUUCACAGGCUGACUAAUGAUGUGGGAACCGGACCAUCGGAGCUAGAACGCGGGGACGUUCAACCGGCGCUGCACUGCCACAUGAACGAGAAGGGCGUGGAGGAGGAGGCGGCCCGUGAGCACAUCAACAGCUUGCUGAACCAGGCGUGGAAGAAGCUAAACAAGGAAUGUGCUGUGGCAACCGACGUGCCCAGAGCCCUGAUAGAUGCCUCUGUAAACCUUGCACGAGCCACCCACUUCUUCUACAAGGAUGGAGAUGGAUUCGGGGUUUCGGAUGGGAAGACCAAGGAGCACAUCGCCUCUCUCUUGGUGCACCCCAUUCCUAUUUGAAAAACCCUCGUCUUCGUAAUCUAUAUAUGCUGUUGAACUGGACUACCGGCUUGUUCAAGGCUGUGUCCUAGUGUCUGCUUGCUUGCGUUAUCAUCUCGUGCCCGGGGAUUUGCAAAUCUGUUGGCCGGCUAGUAACUCUUUGA